AUGGCCGAUGAGGAGGAGACCAAGAAGUAUGAUGUCCCCUUGAUCCGCUUGAAAGACUGCUCCAGUCAGCUAGACACAGAUGACUUGGACGAGGACGAGCGGAAAGCCUUGGCCGAAGUCUCGAAGAAAGGCUACUACCACGCCCGGCCCAAGACGCAGGAGGCUCCCUCGCCCCAGCGCAUCGACAACCCAGAGGAGCUGCCUCAGGCCAGGCCAACCACCUCGAUUCGCAAGCGGACGUCGUUCGAUACUUUUCAGAAGAAGUGGGACAAGUUCGACAAGGAGGAACCUGAGCUCAAGGUGGUGGAGCCACAGAAACCUGUGGAAGAGCCACCGGCCCGGUCCAGCUUCUCUUGCUGCCGGAGGAAGAGGUAG